AUGCACGCGCUGAAACCCAGAUGCGUGAUUAGCCAACAAUACGCUAGCCGCAAAAGAAGCAAUCUUGAAGCUGGGCUUGGCUGGGACGGUAAGCUACGUGCGGGGGAAGAUGAAGGCUUGUUGAUCGUCCCUUGGGUACACGAGGGCAUGGAUCCACCUGAAGUCGCCGUGCACACGGGCGGAGGACAGCACGAGUUGAAGCUCAGUCUUCCAGGUGCCUGCAAUGACUUUGCACUGGGUGGGAGACAGGCGCAUGAGGCUUGGUCUCCAGGGAGUGGCAGCUUCCUGGUUUUGGUAUGGCGGAGCCAAUCGAUAGAAGGGCCCUCUGAGGCACAGGCGGCGAUCGCCAUCGGUGAGCUGACAUAUGGCGUUUACCUCCCUCCCAGUUCCUUCCAGACCCCACCAGAUCCUGUCUCCCACCACUCUGACAGCUUUCGCAAGUUCCGGUAUAACCGUUGGGGAUUGUAGUACAGGAUGUCCUCAUGCUUGGUGCUCGGUCUUGCAAAUACAAGACAUGUGCUUCCAUUAAGUCUCCUAUCUCAUCAGCCCUGAGUAAGGCCCGCAGAUAGUGACAUUCAAAUAGCGGGUUUGCUCGCUGUCUCGCUCGAUGGUUCCAUCAUCAGCCAGUUGCUGACUAGUCUCGGCCUCAAGCCCUUCCUCGCGUUCCAGGCGGUGUGGCUCGGACUGCUCGGUCUCGUUGCAUAAUUUCUUGGGUAGAAUAUCGAUGUAUAGCUUGAGGGAUUUGGUAG